CGACCGUCCCCAUCUUCGCCCUCAGGGCCCCCUCACGCUAGGGGCUGUCAGUCAAGCGGAUGCGUGAGGAUUGACCAGGGUCGCAGGAGGAAAUGAACGUUGUACACACAGGCAUGCAGGUAUGCUAUGGAUGUAUGGAUUUUCGAGGCAUGUAUGGUCUGUACGGAUGUGCGUGUGCACAUAUACAUACACAUACAUGUGCAUACAUACAUACAUACAUACAUACAUGCCUGCCUGUCUACACACCUACAUGCGUACGGACCAGAUGCCAUCCACUCUGUCCAUCGCCCGGUCCCGACGAGAAAGCUGAACCGAUACCCUCUCCGUCUAACCCAUCCAUCCGCCUCCAUCCGGCCUCUUCCACUCCAUCGACGUGCCCCUCCGUCUUUCUCUCUAUCCCUAUCUCUCUCUCUCUUGGAUCAGCAGGGGCCACGCCUACCACACACGGUCCAGCCCACGCGUGCGGCGUGGGAUGCUCGGCAAAUACCCGGAUUGCCCACCUCGCACGAAAGGGACGAAAUCACACCUUGGGGAUGACUCGCCUUCUUGCGCCUCCACGCUCCCCCCCCCUCCCCUUGUUUUUUUUUUUUUUUUUAGCCGUCGCCGAUAGACCAACCAUGAAGCCACCAUUUCUCAGAUACCUGAAGGGUGCGUAUUUCGAUCCUCUACGCGCAGAAGCUUCGAUGGGGGCUUGGCUUCAGCGUCACUUCGCUCGCGUCGACCGUUGAGGAGAAUUCUGUGUCGAUCUAAAUGAUCGCCCCCCCAUGCUGGAUCUAACCGGCGGGUUUUGCACCCUCGGGUAUCGACCUUAACAACUACACCUACAUAGCUUAUUCAGACUACCCGUAGGCGCUGCCCAUGGUUCCUAGGCACGGAUCCCCCACUACUGUCACGUUAGAGGCGCGUCCUCGCACGCCCCUUGUCCGCUGCCUGUCCCCAUUGGCCAGGCUGGUCAAGUCUUCGCGAGAGGGACCGCCAAGGUGAGUGGAAUUACCUGCCAGGCAAGAAACCUGUUUAUGCUCGCGGGCAUCUAUUCGGAAAGAAAUUAGUAUCUCGAGCGUUUCAUCGAGUCGAGCCUCGACUUG